AUGGCUCUCGGUCAGUGGUGGACAUGGCACUCGGUCAGUGGUGGACAUGGCUCUCGGUCAGUGGUGGACAUGGCACUCGGUCAGUGGUGGACAUGGCACUCAGUCAGGGGUUCACAUGGCACUCGGUCAGUGGUGGACAUGGCACUCGGUCAGUGGUGGACAUGGCACUCGGUCAGUGGUGGACAUGGCACUCGGUCAGUGGUGGACAUGGCACUCGGUCAGUGGUGGACAUGGCACUCGGUCAGUGGUGGACAUGGCACUCGGUCAGUGGUGGACAUGGCACUCGGCCAGUGGUGGACAUGGCACUCGGUCAGUGGUGGACAUGGCACUCGGUCAGUGGUGGACAUGGCACUCGGUCAGUGGGAGAAGCACAAGGUUUCAUGGCAUGCAGGGUCAAGCAAUUUUUCAUUUACAUUUUAA